AUGCAGUCGCUCCCCUCCUCGUCUGCAUGGCUGCCUCUGAGCGCCUCCCUCCCGUGGCAUGCGCCGCCACUUGGCCCUGCUGCCUUCGAAGCGGACGAGGCUUCCGGAAGCCCGGCCUCGGCCGAAGGUCGAGGAUUCCGAUGGCGAAGCAUGGCGUGGAGUCCUGAGGUCUCUCCAAAGUCUGAAAGUGCCGAAGCCAGCCCAGAAGGUGGUGCUUCUCCGAGUGCAGAGACUUCACCGACCCUGCAGAGGAGUUUCUCAUCAGAUUCGCCAGGUUGGUCCCCACCCGCACACCGCUUCAGUUGGAGCGCCGCGCCUUCUCCCACACGCGUUUCGCCUGAAAAGCCGCAUCCGGUGGCCGUGAAUGCCGCUGUUUUUCUGCAGGCUUGGUGGCGUGGUACGCAGGUGCGAGCCGUGCGGCACCGCGCCGCUGCCGUCCUGGCCGUGCGGUGGCGAGCCUGGAAGCAAGGCGGUGAGGACCGACGCCGACUGAUGAAGCUCCAGUGGGCAGUCCAAUGGCUACAAGCAGCCUGGCGACGGAAGGUGUCGGAGCAGCACGCCGAUAUUUCCAGGUUGCAGGACCACAGAAGCAGCGACGGGAUCGACUACUUGACUGUCUUUGGCAGCCUGGAGUCCUGUGAGAAGCCACAGCCACCCGAUGAAGAUUCUCCACGUGCACACCAAGAUCUGCGCCAGGAGUGUCAGGCGCUGCCUGUGCUUUUGCCGAAGGUUGGCCUCGCAGAGGAAGUCCUGGCCGAGCAAAUGUGCUCGAAGAAAGUCCCGGCACCUGACGCAACGGUCGGCGGCUGUCCAGGAACGGUCAGGCUGCGCUCUGCUCUUCGUGGUGCUGCUCGACGUAAACUGCUUGGAGAAGUGGAGGAUCGAUCGAACCUGGCGCGUGCACAAAGCCCAUGGGGCACGCGGAGUGUGGAAGGUCACAAACUCAGUACUCCAGGUCGGAGCCCUCAAGGCCGACGGAAGAGCUGCGGCUCACCGGCGACCUCUUUGGGCCCGACGCCUGAGCGGCGACGGGCGCACGAGACUUCGCCACGCAGCCGUCGAGAAUCUGUGGUCCCUCCAGCAGAGUCGCCAAACCUGCGCUUGGAGACGGGCGCCUUGAUCCUCUCAGAGUUGCUCGGACGAGGACUGCUGCUGCCCGAGCGGCCCCUGUCUGUGGAUGCAGACGAGGCUUCAGAACCCUUCCGCCGCGCUCUACAUGAGCUUUCCGCACGGCUCCCGCCAGGGGCGCGCAUUGGCUUCACAGCACGAGUCUCUGGUCUUGCUGGGGUGGCAGCGGCGGCAUACAGUGCAGUCCGCGAGACCUUGGGUCCGGAGCGAUUCCUUUGGCACGGAACUGCUUGGGAAUGCGUGCCCAACAUCGUGCGUCAUGGGUUCAAUCGGGCGUAUGCCUUCAACGCCAGGCAUGGCUCCAAGCUGGGGCGCGGCGUCUACUUCGCAGAAGAUCCGGCUUAUGCACUACGCUUCGCGGGACGCACUCAGUCCAGCCGUGCACUGCUGUUGGCUGGGGUGCUGCCUGGCCACUAUACGCGCGGCAAGGAGGGUCUUCUGGAACCUCCGCGCUGUGACUCUUCUGGCAAACGCUUCGAUGCUACGGCCGACGACGCGCAGAGGCCAAGGGUCUUCUGCGUCUUCAAGGACUUUCAAGCAUUGCCUCUCUACCUCAUCCAGGCCGUGACAGCCGUGACAGGCAUGAGCCUCAGCGAUCAGCAGCCUGAGCUGGAAAGGUCAUGGUGGCCUCCUGACGCGCCGAAGGCUGGAGCAGAGUCUGAUGCAGGGCUCAGGGCUGUGCUUCUGAGAUCCGGCGGUCUGAGGCUGACCGCUGGGCUGCCUGGGCUGGGACUGGGAGCGACAAGGAGAGCAGGCAGCAGACCAGACCCCAAAGCCUACGAAUUUGCUACGAAGCCACCCUGGGCCCUUGAAGUGAAAGGGUGCCAAAUCUACAGCAGUUAA